AUGAUGAAUGGACCAACAAACCAACCAAGACCAUCGAGAGAAGAUCUUGAGAAAAUGAUUAAUCAAACUCCAAACAUCGGAGGAGAUAUAAAAAUAGAUCCACCAGUGAAUCCAGGUGGCAACCAAGCAGCAAUCGAUCAAGCGAAUGCAGCGAUGGCUCAAGCAAACAAUCAAGCAAAUCAAUCGAAUUCCACAAAUGAUCAAGCAAGUGCUCAACUGGCAGAGGCAAUGAAACAAAUGGAAGAGGCCAGAAAACAAGCUGAGCUUGCAAAACAAAAAGCCGAUGAGGAUAUUAAAAAUAAUACCACAUCCCCUUAG